GGUAUUAAGUAGAACUGAGGAAGGGAAACCUGAGCCUGUGGGAUAUUCUCCAGCCCUGAGUCAUUAUACAGAGCUCUCUCCCUGCGGCUCCCCCUGCCCUGGCCCAGGAGAGACGCCCUACUGAUUAUGUGCUGCAAAGAGUCCGGAGCUGCCCUGAAACCAAACAAAGUCUGUAGGAUCUGCUGUCUGUGCCUCUGGGACUGGGCUCCCUGCCACCCACUCACCCUGGCACAGGUACCACCCGGGUACUGAGGGAGCACCGGCACGAUCUGUCCCACAGACUCACAAAGUUCUCAAAAUGUCGGACGGAGACGUCAUACUGAAGGAAAUUGAGAAUGGGGAGCAAAGGUUUCCCAGAAGAAUAAUUCACUUUGCUAGCGGAGAGACGAUGGAGGAAUACAGCACAGAAGAAGAAGAAGAGGAGGAAGAGGAGGAAAGGAUUGAUUUUCGCAGUGUGGACACGGCAAAGAUGAGCUGGAAAUCCUACAUUCAGUUCUGGGUGAUCCGAAUAGCAACCGGCGCCUUCUAUACCUGUGACUUUCUGGGGGGCAGACUGGCAACCCUGUUUGGCCUGACCGUCCCCAAAUAUCAGUAUGCCAUUGAUGAAUACGACCGAAGGCAGGAGGAGGACAGCAGUGAUGAAGAAGGGCAAGAAAUGCCAGAAAUGGCUGAGAUCCAAACUGAAAAACAGCAUCUCCCAACCCAAAGCGCUGAGUACGGCACCAUCUCCCUAAAAGACAGACCUGCCCAGUACGGAGACGACUGUCACAUGAGCUCAGAGACCCACCAAUCACAUGAGACGUAGACCACAUUUCAGACAGAAGAUGAUUGGCUUCUGUGAUUUCGUCCCACUGACUUAUUGGCCAAUAAGAAAAUGCCCAAUAGCUAUGGGAAGGGCCUCAGGGUGUAAUCCUUAUAGUAUAGAUGCCAAAAUGAAGGGCCAGUGCCUCCCAGAGGAGCCCAGAGUAUUGGGGGAAUUGGGGAUGGGGGCUUAUUCGCUCUCAUGAUAUUCCAUGAACAAUAGUGGGAUUGGCUGGCCCUUGUUAUGAGGAAAGAGGGACUACGUGCUGGAAAUUGGGAGUUAGACCUCGAGCCAUGGUGGGGCUCAGCGAGUCCCUAUAAUUCUUUGUUAGUGGAUGCUGGGAGAGGUAUUUCUACAACACUUGAUUGGCUACAGGCUGGGCAACACUUAUAUAAAGGACAACUGCCACCAUCUUGCUCUGCUGCAUCUGCUCUUCCCAGUCUUCUACUGCUCCAUGGGGCCCCGAGUUGUGCAGGGCCAAGGGCAGUCACCCCUAGCUGGGCCACCUUGUGCUCUAAAGGGGCCUACAUGCAACACUCAAUGGACCAUGAAGAGAAUGUUCCAACUGUUCUGAGCUUUUGAGAUAGAGACUGUAACUGCCUCAACCCCAUGGGCAUCAUCUGUAGCCUUCUACUGCCUGCAGACCUGCUGCCUGGUGAUGCCAACUUGUUUUUAUUAUCCAGGGAAUGGCGCUUCCUUAGGAAGAACUGUCAGUCACGUGCCCAGUGCCACCAACUUGUUGGAGGAUAACAGAGUGUGUGUGUUUAAAUGAUGUAGGCCCAAUCAAAAUAAAGCCCCAGAGUUCUGUAGCUGGACCAUAUGGGAAUUAUGGGAAGGGGCCACACACAGGGACAUGGUCUGUCACAUGGGAAGUGUGAGGGGGGGGUUCCUCUGGGUUCCCUGGUGUCCGCCCUCCGCCCAAACCCACACAGGCAGGUUAAUUGGCUCCUAAUAAAACUCCCCCUGGUGAGUGUGACAGGGAGUUAGAUUGUAAGCUCCCUGGGGCUGAUGGGAAUGUGACAGGGAGUUAGAUUGUAAGCUCCCUGGGGCUGAUGGGAAUGUGACAGGGACGUUAGAUUGUAAGCUCCCUGGGGCUGAUGGGAAUGUGACAGGGACGUUAGAUUGUAAGCUCCCUGGGGCUGAUGGGAAUGUGACAGGGACGUUAGAUUGUAAGCUCCCUGGGGCUGAUGGGAAUGUGACAGGGACGUUAGAUUGUAAGCUCCACUGGGGCAGGGACUGAUGGGAAUGAUGUAGAAGCUCUGUACAACGCUGCACAAUGACGCUGCUAUGUAAAUAAAAGAUAAUAGAAAAAGUGCAAA